CCCCUACCAAUUAUUUCCUCAACAAAUGUCCAGCGGGAACUGGGUGUUAGCUCGUCGUGGCCAUGGUCACGGAAAAUGCGGACUUUCGAUAUCCGCCUCAAGCUCCCUUGGGCGAACAUGAUAUCUCAAGUCGUCGCAGGAUCCCUGCUCCCCCUCGUCUGGAUCCCCUGAGAAUCAAUCCUCCUUUUCCCCGUCCCUCCACCGCCGACGGGCUCCGUCCCCCGCAUUCCCACCGUCCUCCGCUCCCUCGCUCUCCUCGAAGACCUCCUGCAUAUCCCCCUCGAUCGGAUUCGGCCUCCCGUUCGGUGUCACCGCGUCUGUGGCUUGACGAUGGCUCCCCCAUCCAACGACCGACUUAUCAUAUGCCCCCGUUUCCGCCUUACGAACGGGCGACCAAAUCCCCCCCGACGGAGGGAGAGAUGGAGCGUCUGCCUCGUCAGAUGACCCCCCCCGACCAAACCGAUCUCCCGAUGCCCAUGUCUGCAUCGCGGUUGAACCACAAGCGCUCCAAAGGUUACCGGCCGCAGGAGCGCCGCGCACACACUCCCAGCCCUCACGGCCUCACUUUACCACGCAAUCCUUAUAAUCAUCAUACCCGUCCCUCGGAUCCAUACCGGGAGGAUGCCCUCCGUUCCAGCAUGAACUCGGCUAUGACGUCGCGGUCGAGCAUCGAACAGGCCAGUGGGACCGAGCGAAGUAGCGUGCUGACGAAAAGCAGCUCCAUCACCGACCUGUCUCCCGAUACUCCUGAUGGAUCGUAUGAGAAGGAUGAGGGCAUGAGUGUUGAAGACGCAAUCUCCAUGUACCUGGACGGCUUUAGCGAUGUAACAGAAGAACCGGCGUCUCCCGAUUUGUUGGACGAUCCCAAACUGAAGCCAUUGAGUCCUCCACUGCCAGCUGACCUCUCUCUGGAUGCGAAUCCUCCCGAUGAUCUCCCCAUAGAACCCCCGUCCUCGCAUGCGGACCCGGCGGACCCAACCCUGCUGAACCAGCAGUCUUUCGGCGAAGAACGGUCGGAUGAGAAACCGCCCGAGGAGCUGGUCGAGCCGUCUUCACCAAUCCAGCCGCCUCCUAGUCCCCGAUCGGUUGACUCCAAGAUCAUGCUCCCUGGGAUCGUGCCGCCGCCGUUGAUCGCCAAUUCGGAAUCCCGGGACUGUUACGGGUUUCGCAAGGCAACCACCUACGUGACCCUGGAGCAAUACGAGGCUUGGAACACGUCGUAUGCGGACUUUGCCGCAAACCGGAGACUCAAAUGGGCCGAACUGCUGAGCGAGAACGGGCUCCCCACCGCACAACCAACCACAUUCCCGGCGAAAUCGUCCAAAGUCAAGCGCUACGUACGGAAAGGAAUUCCGCCCGAGUACCGGGGAGCUGCCUGGUUCUGGUAUGCCGGAGGCUAUGACCAUCUGAACCGGAACCCAGGACUGUAUGACCAGUUGGUCAAGCAGGCGAUGGAAUCCCCCAGUGAUGACGAUAAAGAACACAUCGAACGCGAUUUGCACCGCACAUUCCCCGACAAUAUCCACUUCAAGCCGGAACAACCCAGCCAGUCUGGGAACCUGGGAGCUAGCGCUGGAAGCAGCAUCCCGGGCCGGGGUUCUGUGAUCGUCGAGACCGAAAUGAUCCGGUCCCUCCGCCGGGUCCUCUACGCGUUUGCCAUUCACAAUCCCCAGAUCGGCUACACCCAGUCGCUCAACUUCAUCACGGGGCUGCUGCUGCUGUUCCUGUCGGAAGAAAAGACGUUUUGGAUGCUGCACAUUGUUACCUCGGUGUACCUCCCGAGCACGCACGAGAUCAGUCUCGAGGGGGCCAACAUUGAUCUGUGGAUUCUUAUGGUGUUGCUGCGGGACUCUCUCCCGAAUGUGUACAACAAGAUCGCUGGCUCGGGGCCGGGCAAAUCCAAGACUCCGGCGCUUUCGGUUCACUCUCGCUUGCCGGACAUCACCCUGGGCCUGACGAACUGGUUGAUGUCGGUCUUUAUCGGCACGCUGCCUCUGGAAACCACAUUGCGCGUUUGGGACGUGUUCUUCUACGAAGGGUCGAAAACCUUCUUCCGGGUUUCCAUGGCGAUCUUCAAGGCCUGCGAGAAGGAUAUCCUGGCCGUGUCAGAUCCGAUGGAGGUGUUCCAGGUGGUUCAGACCGUGCCCAAAAAGCUGCUGGAUGCCAAUGCGCUCCUGGACGACAGCUUUGUCCGCCGGAAUCGCUUUGGACAGGGUCGCAUUGAAGAGUUGCGAGCGUCUCGCCGCGCCGCCGUCCGGCAGGAAAAGCUACGGCGAUCGCAGGCGAUGAGCAAAGGCCAGCUCCACGCUGCAACUGAUGAGUGGCCGACCCGAUCGAAGACGCCGAUCCCGGGGAUCGAACGCUCUUUUGCUGAUUCAUGGCGUCAGAUGAGACACCAUGCCUUUCGGUAAGCGAACUUCGGGGGGGUUGGAAGGUGUAGUAGUGCCCUGCAGACCCACGAUUAUUGAUACCCAACCACGUUUUUGCUGCUCUUCUUCUCGUUGACUCUCUUUCUGCUCUUCCUUCCCCCUCGAUCGUUGUAAUGUCUACCUACUACAUACCUAAUUAUCCUAAUCGACUCGACCGCAUAUUGAAGAAAAAAGUGUGAGCUGGCAUGGGGUGCAUUAUUGCUCAAGGGAUGGAGCGUCACCAUGCUUUGAUGAUUUUUCUCAUGUAGAUAUAUUGCUCUGAUCUUGAAUUGCUCUGUGGUUCUUUUUUCUUUUCUUUUCUUUUCUUUUUUUUUUUUUUUUU